UUACGCCAUUGCUAAAGAAUUUGCUCAGAAAAUUAAAUCGUCUGUAGAAUUUGACAUGCAAUAAGUAUGUAAAGUGAAGAAAGUUCAAUAUCUUUUAUUCAGUGAAGAAUAGAGAUGAGGGCAAUCGUUUUUAUGCGUAUACCAUGCUCCUGAAAUAAUUUCCUCUUUUUUAUUUCCCUGAUUUCUCCGUCAAUGUGACAUCCAUCUUUAGUCAGUCCUGAGGGGGCUGAAUGAUCGUAUUCGUCACGCAACAGCUGAUAUCCUUGAGUCAAUCGAAAAUAUUGUUUUUUAUUUUUAUUAUUUCGCCGCUAUAGUGUAUUACGUAUUGCAAAAGAUUAUAAGGUUCCAUGAAAUCUUCUUAGCCAGGACGCUAAUCUCUCUCAGCGUCAUAGCACAAUAAUGGGCAACGCAGGCAGCCAUUCUAGUGGGCAUCAUGGAAGUGGCGUUGUUCGCGAAGGUCACAGACACAGCAAAGAUCAUCCUCCGCCUUCACCUGGAAAAGACGAUCAGGCAUUUAUUUUUGACAAAAAACCUAGUCAGAAACUAGUCUUUCAAUCGUCUCAUGAUGAAGAGGAGCCUUACUUUACUAAGGCUGGACAUGUAGACGGAGAAGGUUUUGCCAGUCAAAGACCUCGAUCUAAUACAGUAUCGGAAGGCACCAAGGUCUCCGAUAGCAAAGUAUUACCAACUGUGUUCAAAUGGGAAGGUGGUGGCAAGCAGGUAUAUAUCAGCGGAACAUUCACGGAAUGGAAGACAUUACCAAUGGUGAAGAGCCACGGAGAUUUUGUUACUAUAAUUGAUUUACCUGAAGGAGAACACCAAUACAAAUUCUAUGUUGAUGGAGAAUGGAGGCAUGACCCUGGACUGAAAAUAGUGGACAAUGGUAUGGGUUCGAAGAAUAAUUUAGUCUCGGUCAAGCAGUCUGAUUUUGAAGUAUUCCAAGCACUGGCUAAAGACAGUGAGGGAAUAAUCAGCAGUGCGCAAACCGAAUACAGUCAAGUUAUUCCACCAAACAAGCCUUGGGAGAAAGUACCAGGUCCACCGGUCUUGCCACCACAUCUUUUGCAAGUUAUUCUGAAUAAAGAUACACCGAUGUCUUGCGAACCAACACUGCUACCUGAGCCAAAUCACGUGAUGUUGAAUCAUCUCUACGCCUUAAGUAUCAAAGACAGUGUAAUGGUACUUUCUGCGACGCAUCGUUAUCGCAAAAAAUACGUUACUACUCUACUCUACAAGCCUAUAUAAUGUCUUCUGUUUCUGUCUCAUUCCUCUGUAAAAAAGGUUACUAUAAUAGUUUCGUUGAAGAUUCUUUUAGUUUCCAGCAUACGACACAACGUGUUGAUGCUCAAGUAUGGGAAAUCUGAAACGCAGGACAUUAGUGAUGUCUAAUGACGUUCAUUUGAAGUAAAUAACCCCUCUUUCUAGCAUGUAAUGUAUUAUAUCUUACGUAUAUUUUUAAGUAUCUUGACUAUUAUUUAUUAAAAAAAAAAAGAUUAAAAUUGUUAGUACCAU